AAAGAGGGACUCAAGGGAGAUCAGGGAUCCCCUGGGUUGCCAGGUCAGACGGGGGCUCUGGGCAAAGAGGGCAAAAGGGGUCGUCGAGGGAAGAUGGGGGAACCUGGACCCAGAGGCCUACCUGGGGUGAAGGGUGACUCUGGCGUCCCAGGAGACAAAGGAGAUCAAGGAGAUCCGGGUCAGCCAGGUGGAGACGGGGCCUCUGGGAUGAAAGGACAAAAGGGGGAAGAGGGCCUAAGAGGACCACCAGGACCGGUGAUGACAGCUCAUGGACUGAGACAUCUGUCUGGCUCUGAGGCUGAAUCAGGAGAGACGGGCCAGAAAGGAGAAAUGGGUGAUCCAGGACAAAGAGGACUCCAAGGACCACAUGGUCUCAAGGGAAGCUUAGGACUACCAGGUCCAAGGGAGAGCCCGGCCCAGAGGGUAAAGAAGGUCCUCAUGGACUCAUCGGACUCCCAGGGAUUGCAGGAGAGACGGGAUCGUCGGGGGAUCAGGGACCACCUGGUAGAGACGGUCUUAAAGGAAUCAAGGUAG